GGACGUCUGUGCGAGAGAACCGCCCAGACACUCGCCCAGCUAUUGAAGAAUGAAGACUGCCCGGCGCUCGCGCUCUCAGCUCUGGGCAACGGCCCAACGGGGAAAUUGAUAUAGAAUAUAGAUUGGCGAGUAUGUUCGCGUAUAUUCUCGGCGUGUAACCGUCAAUCGGUAAAAUGGAGACAGAAGUCGAGAGGUCUGUUCAACGCUGCUCUGCGAUUGGCCGCUUUUCAUCUAUAACCAUAAUUUUCCCGCCAGUUUACUCGCGCAUGGAUUCCGGUUCUGCCCUCGGUGGUUCUCGGCGUUCUCGCUUUUGACAAACUUUGCUGUGAUACCUACAAAGUUAUUUUUUAUAUUCUUAAAUUCUAAUAUUUUUAAGAAGACUCAGACUUCCAAGCUAUGGAUGAAUCGAAUUUGUCGGAUUUACUUCCUUUGUAUUAUUCACGUUUGUUUCCUUACAUUGAUUACUACCGAUGGCUAAGUUAUGGAGAAGCAAGCACAUUUUCCCGUAGAGAAUUUUCUUUCACUCUACGUGAUGAUAUAUACAUUCGUUUUCAAUCGUUCAACAAAAUUGAUGAUUUGAAGAAUGAAAUAAAAAGGCUUUGUCCUCACAAGAUUGAUAUCGGAGCAGUCUACAAUGUUGCACCAUCGAAUAAGGGUAGAGAAAUCAAAUUCGAACCAAUACAAAGAGAAGUCGUAAUCGAUAUUGAUAUGACUGAUUACGAUGAAGUGAGAUCUUGCUGCUCUGGUGCAGAUGUUUGCAAUAAGUGUUGGAAGUAUAUGGUUUUAGCAGUCAAAAUUUUAGAUGUCGCUCUGAGAGAUGACUUUGGCUUUGACCACAUUUUAUGGGUAUUCUCUGGUAGAAGAGGUAUACAUUGUUGGGUAUGUGACAAGAAAGCUCGCUUUUUAACACAGAAUGGUAGGAAAGCUGUAGCACAUUAUUUACAGUUAAUAAGUGGAGGAGAAUUUACGAAGAAAAAAGUUAAACUAAACAGAAAAAUGCAUUAUUCUGUCAAGAGAGCAGUCAGUAUUAUUGAACCUUAUUUUACAAAAAUGUGCAUGGAAGAACAAAAUAUGUUGGGAACAGAAGAAAGGAUUACGAAAUUUUUAGGAAUACUUGCUGAAGAAGAUUUGCGUAAUGAAGUUAAAGCUAUUUUUGAUAAACAUUCAACCAGUGUCAAGAAGUGGGAAGCUUUUGUGAAUCAUUUUAGAGAACAAACACAAUCAGGAUCGAAAAAAUGGCGUAGAACGCCGCACCUCAUUGAAGAAAUAAUCAUCCAAUAUGCAUAUCCGCGUUUAGAUAUAAAUGUAACAAAAGGAAUGAAUCACUUGCUGAAAUCUCCUUUCUGUGUUCACCCCAAAACUGGAAAAGUUAGCAUACCAAUAAAUCCUAAAGUGGUUGACCAAUUUGAUCCACACAAUGUACCAACCAUUAUGACACUCAUUGAUGAAGUCAAUGCAUUUGAUGCAAAAGAAAUUACUGAACAGGGGGAAUCAGUUGACAAUGUAAAAAGGAUUAAAGAUUACAAGAAAACUAGUUUAAAUAAACCUUUCCACGCAUUUCAAGAAUUUUUGAGAGGUCUUGAGAAUUCACAAAAAGGAGAGAAAAUCAAAAAGAGUGAUAUGAAAAUGGAAUUCUGAAGAUUAUGUCGAUUUAAAAAUUACUAUUUAUAGUGUAAAGAUUAAUUUUGUACAUAAAAGAUAAAUAUAUAUAGUUUUUUUUUUUU